CCCUGUCUCUCUCCCCAUGCACCACCGACCCACCCCUGCCUAUCUCACCUACCCCAGCACCACAGUGAAAUGCAGCAUAAGUUGGUGCUCAGAGCCCUGGUGUCCCUCUUUGCUCUGGAUAUUUGAGACAAAGUUGAAUAUUGGUGACUUGAAAUCACUGAUCACUGAUAAUCACCUGGCAUAUUAUAAUUCUAUAUGCAAGGUUGUGUACAAAAUAGCGCUUGAUGAGUUGAUUGCUUUCUAACUUUCUGUCAAGUGAGGUGGCCAGGCCUCCAGGUUGCUGGGGCUGUGGCCUGUCAUCAACCCCCUCCCUGUGGCCCCGAGCAGCGCUGUGCUCCUUGAUGAAGCCUGGAGGGACCUUGGCAUGGCCCUGCUCCUUUAGUUCCAAUUAACAGGGCUCUUUGGAAACCCUGUCCUCUCCUUUAGGAGAUGAUCCCCAUGUACCUGGCCACCUCCCCCAUCCUGUCUGAAGGAAUGUCGAGAAUGGAGAACCAGCUGAAAAGGAACUCAGUAGAUAGAAUGAGGAGCCUGGACCCCAACACGCCCACCCAGGGUUUGCCUCCCAGUGAGACCUCAUCCACUGGCUCACUUGUGAAGAAGAGAAGGAAGAGGAGGAGGAAGUCCCAGCUGGACAGCCUGAAAAGAGAUGACAACAGCAACACGUCUGAGGACGAGGACAUGUUUCCCAUAGAGAUGAGUUCCGACGAGGACACAGGGCCCCUGGAUAGCAGCAGAACUCUUAGCAAUGACACGCUGCCACUCCAAGAUGAUACUCCGAAGGAAAACCUCCCAUCUGUGUCACCAUACCCCCAGUCAGCAUCGUACCCCAAUUCGGAUAGAGAGUGGUCCCCCAGCCCCAGCAGCCCGAUAGAUUGCCAAAGGACUCCCCCUCAUCUUGCAGUUGUGGCCGAGGGCGGCCUGUCUAGUUCUUGCCCUUCACACUCCUCCCACUUCCAUGCCUCCGAAAGUCCUUCAGGGUCCCGCCCGUCAACACCAAAAAGUGAUUCAGAGUUGGUCAGUAAGUCCACGGACAGGCCCAUGCAGAAGAACAACCUAGAAAUGCUCUGGCUUUGGGGAGAAUUGCCACAAGCUGCAAAGUCAUCUUCUCCACACAAGGUGAAAGAUUCCAGUCCAUUGUGCAGCAGGAAAAUUUGUGAGAAAGUUCACUUUCAGGCCAUUCACAGUGAAUCUUCAGAUACGUUUAGUGACCAGUCACCAACAUUAGCUGAGGGGCUGCUUGCAGAGCAGAACAAGCCUCAGAUGGAAAUGCAGUUUUUGAAUGAAGAAGACAUGGAAGCCUUAGGAGCAGCGGCCCCGCCUUUACCCAUGGCCGAAGAGCUCAAGCGCCCCGCUGCCAGCACCACACAGAUGGCCACCAAGCUGGACUCUCCGAGGAAAAAGGAUAAGCGGAGUAGACAUCUUGGUGCUGACGGUGUGUACCUGGAUGACCUCACAGACAUGGAUCCUGAAGUGGCGGCCCUGUAUUUCCCCAAAAAUGGAGAUCCUUCUGGGCUCACCAAACAUACCAGUGACAACGGAGCCCGGUCAGCCAACCAGUCCCCACAGUCCGUGGGCAGCUCAGGCAUCGACAGCGGUGUGGAAAGUAUCUCUGAUGGCCUGAGGGACCUGCCAUCCAUUGCCAUCUCCCUCUGUGGGGGGCUCAGCGACCACCGAGAGAUCACCAAAGAUGCGUUUUUGGAACAAGCAGUGUCAUAUCAGCAGUUUGCAGACAACCCUGCUAUCAUCGAUGACCCCAAUCUUGUGGUGAAGAUUGGGAAUAAGUAUUAUAAUUGGACGACAGCAGCACCUCUGCUCCUGGCGAUGCAGGCCUUCCAGAAACCUUUGCCAAAGGCCACUGUGGAAUCUAUCAUGAGAGAUAAGAUGCCCAAAAAAGGAGGAAGAUGGUGGUUUUCCUGGAGAGGAAGAAAUACCACAAUCAAAGAGGAAAGUAAGCCAGAGGAGUGCCUGGCUGGAAAUGCCCAGAGUACUGGAGAGCAGACAUUGCAACUCAGCAUGGCCCCCAGAAUAAAGCAUGAAUCAUCCUCCAGUGAUGAAGAGCACUCGGCUGUCAAGCCAUCAAACACAAGCCACCUCCCUCUUUUGUCUAACGUCAGCUACAAAAAGACUCUGCGGCUCACUUCGGAGCAGCUGAAAAGCUUAAAGUUGAAGAAUGGACCCAACGACGUGGUUUUCAGUGUGACCACACAGUACCAGGGCACCUGUCGCUGUGAAGGCACCAUCUACCUGUGGAACUGGGAUGAUAAAGUCAUCAUUUCGGAUAUUGAUGGAACCAUCACCAGAUCAGAUACUCUUGGCCACAUUUUGCCCACACUUGGGAAGGAUUGGACUCACCAGGGCAUCGCUAAGCUGUACCAUAAAGUGAGCCAAAAUGGAUACAAGUUUCUCUACUGUUCUGCACGGGCCAUCGGGAUGGCAGACAUGACGAGGGGCUACCUGCACUGGGUCAACGAGCGAGGCACGGUGCUGCCUCAGGGUCCACUGCUGCUCAGCCCCAGCAGUCUCUUCUCUGCCUUGCACAGAGAAGUAAUUGAAAAGAAGCCAGAGAAGUUUAAAGUCCAGUGUUUGACAGACAUCAAAAACCUGUUUUUCCCAAACACGGAACCCUUUUAUGCUGCUUUUGGAAACCGGCCGGCCGACGUGUAUUCCUACAAGCAAGUGGGAGUGUCUUUGAACAGGAUCUUCACGGUCAACCCUAAAGGCGAGCUAGUGCAGGAGCACGCCAAGACCAACAUCUCCUCGUACGUGAGACUCUGUGAAGUGGUUGACCAUGUCUUCCCUCUGCUGAAGAGAAGCCAUUCCUCGGACUUCCCCUGUUCGGAUACUUUCAGUAACUUCACCUUCUGGAGAGAGCCACUGCCACCUUUUGAAAACCAGGAUGUUCAUUCCGCCUCAGCCUGACAUGUACACGUAGCUUCCUGGGUGGUGUGGGGGCCUGGGUGUCACCCAUUAAAGGAUAGGUGUGGGGACCCUGCAGUGGCUGUGGGAGUCUGAUGUGCGGCCAUUUGAUUAGAAAGAUUCGAGAAGCAUUUCUCUCCUGCCCGGCCUGUCCUGUCCCGGAAGGUGACAUUUCUGAGUGCAGUGUGGAGGGUGUGCCACCUUAGGCCACAACCCAGGCACAUUCACAGCGCACACAGCACUCCUCACUUGUGACGUAACGCCUACAAUGCUGCACGCGCAGCCUGCCCAACGGUUAGGUCUUGGUCGUGUGCAACAUGGGACAGUGAGACCCAAGCUGAAAGGGGCUGUCUAUGGGAUGUCCUGCUGAGGACGGUGUCCACCGAGGAGUGCCAGUUGCUCACAGUCUGUGCAUCUCCAUGACAGCAGUUUUCAUGCCACCUUCUGCACGUGGGAGUGAGGGCUGUGAAAGGGUCAUGUGACCCAAAUCUGAGGUCUUUGAAGGGAACUCAAACCUCACUAGGGCUGAGCUCUGGCCUUGUGGAUGUUCCCUUGCAGUAUUUGCUGACUAGUCUUAUUUUUAGGUGAUAAGUUCUUAUUCCUUGGGUUAAAAAGACAGCCUGUGUAGCUGGCAUAUUUUUCGCCAUUCUUUGUGGCUCAAGGCUAGACUAUGCCUUAAUGCGUCUGCUGCAGGCAUCUUAUUUAGAAUGCGCUGUGCCUAGCUCUCAGUAACUUGGGCAGUGCCUUAAGUUAAAAUGAUAGUAAGUUUCCCCGAGGCAAUGUUGGAGUCCGUUGGACACUCUGUUGGCAUCCUUCCAUCCAGCAAGGUGUUGCCAACCAUGUUGGGUUUAAACAGUGCUUCUGCCAAAUGACAGUGGUCUUUAUUGGGAGCUCUUGAAAGUGGUUGACUUUAAGAAAAUUGUUCAAGAAGUUAAAUUAUAUUCCUUGUAGAUAUUAUUUAUUAUUACUUUACUCUAAUUGGGUUUCUGUUGUAAACAUUCUAGCCAUAUUCUUUUGAUUCCACCUGUCAUUAAUACAUUAAAAAGUAAGUGUGCUAGACUAUCCAAAGAGCCUUUUUCUGUAUAUCUGUACAGAAGAUCUUCUUUUGGAAAUUACAAGUAAUGUAUUUUUCUUAGUUUUUUUUUUUUCUCCACUCAAAUUACAGGCUAGGGAAAAAAAGUAAGUAAUUUAAGUUGAUAGAAGGCGCUUCUUUUACUUCUUUGUAAAACUGACCUGUAGAGUGAACAAUGUGAAAAAUGAAUUAUUUUGGUAAAAGAUUUUGCUUUACUUUUUGAAGCAUUAUUUUUUUAAAGAAUGUUUUUCUCUAAUGACGGAAACAUUAGAGUCAUAGGAAGCAAAAAAUGGAACUGUGGAACGAAACAUUACUCUUUCUGUGAAAGAAAAUGCUGAGAUGCUGCCUUUGUAGUCAGUGGGCUCUAUCAGGGAUGAACACCUCUGCUCUCUGCUGAGCAGUUCAGAGAGACAAAUAGAGAAGGGCAGAUGUCGCUGUCGUGGAUAACAGGUUGACAUAAAAACUUGGACAAGCAUAUGCAGAUUCCCUUUUAGAGGCAUUAAAAAUAGUCCUGCUUAACCAGCUCCCCUGGGCUUGUUCACUAGUGACCUGUAGAGUCUGCGUUAAUUCUUUAGCCACCAGGCUGUUUUUGAAGGGAUUUUAACUGCUGUGAAUGGAGUUCAAACCCAUGGGCCUGCACAGGUCCCCACGGCUUCUCCCUUGCACUCAGGAGGAGAUCGGGCUGUGGGAGUGUGUCCCUGUGCAGUCUGUCCUUCAUCCAUCUCUGCAGGUUACUCCCCAAGUGGAGUUAGGAGAGCAUGCACCUUAGUACUCUUGAUUUUGAUGUAACUUCCACUUCACCCUGAAACAGCAUGCUUCCACAAAAUCACACUUUGAGCUCUGUCAAGUUCAGUGUGAGGCCUGGCCAGGCUGUAAUAGUAACACCUGCUUUGCAGCUUCUGAAAGAUUUGUAUGUGGGCAUUCGGGAGUUGGUUUACUUAUGUAUACACUGUAACCCAGAGACCCUGAGGUCACAUGCUGUAUUUGGACCACACAUUUCAAAGUCGCCUAUGGAAAUGAAUCACUCCCUAGUGACAAGUCUUCAGAUGUUCAUCACACACGAUGAAGAAAACCAAGGUAGACUUGGUACACCGGAGAAAAAUGGUGGUGCCCUCCAAAGAGUUCCCUUUCAGUCUUAGGUUCAGAUCAUCACUUGAAGUAUGUUUUAUUUACAGCAUUUGAUCUGUGUUGUACAAUGGUGAACGUCACUGUAAUACUUCACUGUGUUCUGCUGGAUGCAAAGCUAGAAAUGUUGUAAUAAAUGAAACAGAUGAAAGACUUCUCUGCAAAUCAGGCAUGUGAAUUAUAAAUAGUUUUUGAUAAGUUAUUAAGUUGCUGUUUUUCCAGUGGGCUGCAUACACAUUUUAUUCUCUACUUGAAAGUAAUUCUUAAGGCUGUGCACUGUUUCACUGUUUGGAAUAAACACCUUUUCUGAUGUUUUAGAUUCAAAUUGGUAAUGCCAAC